AUGUCUACUUCAAUUGAUGAUCUUCAUCACUUUCAUCCAUCUUUGGUUCAUCUUCAUCAACCUCCAAUGUCUUCUUUUCCUACCGAAAAUCGCCUUAGCCUAUGGAGAGAGAUCAUUGAAUCAACUAGGAACAUAUUCAAAUCUCAUGUUGGUCAUUUUCAAGCUAUUUCAAUCCUCUUCCUCUUACCUAUCGUGUUCUCUCUAAUCGUAUAUCCUUCUUUCCACCUCGCCAUCUUUCAUCCCGAUUAUGAUUUCACCAGUUUCGCGCGACCUCAUUUUUCAAACAUCGAAAUUAUACUACUCAUAGUGUAUACUCUGUUUUUGUCCCUGUUUUUCAUAUGUGGAGUAGGCACCACAACAUAUAGCGCGGUUCAAGCGUUCUACGAUAGACCAAUCAACCUUGUUUCGUCUAUUAAAUCUAUCAGAAACUCCUUCUUCCCACUGCUCUCCACCUUAAUCGUUUCUCAAACCAUAUUCAUUUCAAUCACGCUAAUUUUCUCCCUGAUUUUGGUGUUUGUAGUCCAAAUUCUCCAAUCCCUCGGACUCAAACAUGGCUUGAAUGAUCACUUAUCAUUCGUGGUUAUUUUCGGUUUGAUUGUGCUUGUGCCAGUUCUGAUUUGGCUACAGGUGAACUGGUCGUUAGCUUAUGUGAUAGCCGUAGUUGAGUCAAAAAAGGGUUACGAGACACUAAGGAGAAGCGCGAAUUUGGUGAAGGGGAAGAGAUGGGUAGCUUUCGGGAUUCUCAUGUAUUACGGGCUUGUGAUUGCGUUAAUGGUGGUUGGUUGUUCCAUGUUUUUAGUCAGUGUGGAUGCCGCGAAAGGUGAUCAGUGGAGGAGUCUGGCAGUGAUACUGCAAACCGUGUUGGGUUCGGUGUUUGGAUAUGUAUUGAUGAAUCAGUAUCUUGUAGUGAAUAUGGUGUUGUGUAUGUGCUGCAAGGAGUUGAACAACGAUGAGAAAUUGGCGCUGGAAACUGGCGGUGAGUACGUAUACCUGCCAUUGGACGAAGAGAAGAAGAAUCAUGCUAUUGUGUAG